CAUUGGAGUUUUGAUGUGGCAAAUUUCAAGUGGACGUCGACCAUAUUAUGACGAUAUUGAAGAUAAUAUUAGAAAAGAAGAAAUUAUUCCUGGUACUCCUUUUGAAUAUAGUAGUUUAUAUGCAAAAUGUAUGGAAUAUGAACCAUGCGAACGUCCAAAUAUGCUUGAAAUUGUUAUUUCUCUUGAUCAAUUAACUUCUGAUCAAUUACAAUCAUCCGAAAUUAAUAUAGAGAUUGGUAAUCUUCCAAAUGAUAAUGCGAGUAAAUGGAUAGAGAAUGCCUUAAAUAAUGAAAAAGUUAGAUUAAUACCUUUUAAUGAAUUACAAAAUCCUAAACCACUUGAUGCCGGGAAUUUCGGAUGUGUUAUGAAAGCAACUUGGAUUAAAACAAAUACUUUUGUUGCUUGUAAAAAAUUAACUAACAUAGCAUCCAUUAAAGGCAGUAAAUUAGAUGCUUUUAUCCAUGAAUUACAAAUAUAUUUGCAACUCGAUUGUAGUGAUCGAAUUGUACGCUGCUUAGGCAUUAGUCAAGAACCUAAUUCAAAAGACUAUCUCCUUAUAAUGCAAUAUGCAAAUGGUGGUGACCUUCAAAAUUAUCUCGAAAAAAAUUUUGAAAAUUUAACUUGGUAUGAUAAGAAAAAAUUAGCAAUACAAAUCGCUGAAGGAUUAAAUUAUUUGCAUAAUGAAAAAAUUCUACAUAGGGAUCUUCAUUCUAAGAACAUAGUUAUUCAUGAUGAUAAAGCUAAAAUCACAGAUUUUGGUAUUUCAAAAAAUAUGAAUAAGAAUACUCAAAAUUCCAGUAUUCAUAUCGGACAUCGUGAAAAUGCUGUAAAAGAAACCCCUAAGCUUUAUGAAGAGCUUUAUAAAAAGUGUUGGGACUCAACUCCCGAAAAAAGACCAAGUAUUAGAAAUGUAUUAAAAGAACUUGAUGAAAUGAUUAUUGAAGAAAAAAUGUCAAACACUAUAGAAGUAGUAUUAGAAAAUUCUGAAAAAAAGGAUUUUGAAAUAGUUAACUCAAAUCCCGAGGGAACGGAAAUAGAUGCCAAUAAUAUUUCAACUGAAAAAUAUGGAUAUUAUGGAAAAGAAAUAAAGGAAAUAUUUGAAGAGGCAGAUAAAGAGAUACCAAAUAUUUCAAUUUCACGCAAAACGAACCCUGAUGCUAUAUAUACAAGUAGAGCAUUUACAUUUAAAAAUUGA